AUGUGAUGUUUCCCAACCGGAAACAUCAUCUUGCGUCAAUAUCCUGCGACUGUUUAUGUCCGGUAGCCGUUAUUCUUAGGGCGAAGGGCACAAAUGUUGCAACUCCUCAUAUUUUGAGCCUCUACACCGUGUCUCAGUCACACAUGUGUCUUACGACGCAAUCGUCACAAACCUUUCAGUAGCUCGUAGCAAUCUUUAUCCCUUCAGUCAUUUUGUCUCAACGGGUACAGGAGAAGAUGGGGGGGAAGCUGUGAAGGUGCAGGUUCUUGUUCCAUUGAAAAACAUAGUUAAACUUCACUAUUGAUGCUGCUUUGACUGGUUGCUUUCCUGUUUCCAUUAGUUUGCAUGGAUGUGUCAGAUUCCUGAGCAGAGAGGAUGACAUCGGAGGCUGCUGUCUCCACACCUUCCCCUACUAGCAGCAGUAGUACACCUGCUAAAAGAGAUUACUACUGGCUUCGCUCCUUUGUGGCUGGAGGUGUAGCAGGAUGCUGUGCGAAGACUACCAUCGCCCCUCUAGACAGAGUCAAAAUUCUUCUUCAGGGCCAGAACCCCCAUUACAAACAUCUUGGGGUGUUUUCCACUUUCAUGGCUGUGCCAAAGAAAGAAGGCAUCCUGGGCCUGUACAGGGGUAAUGGUGCAAUGAUGGUCAGGAUAUUUCCUUACGGAGCCAUUCAGUUCAUGGCCUUUGACAAAUAUAAAAAGCUGCUGAAUAAACGGAUUGGGAUCUCUGGACACAUCCAUCGCCUUGUGGCAGGAUCUAUGGCAGGCAUGACUGCGGUGAUAUGCACCUACCCUCUGGACGUGGUCCGAGCCCGGCUGGCCUUCCAGGUGAAGGGUGAUCAACGCUACUCUGGAAUUAUUGAUGUUUUCCGCUCCAUUUAUCGAAAGGAGGGCGCAUCUGGAUUUUACAGAGGCCUGACUCCAACUCUUGUUGGAAUGGCGCCUUAUGCAGGUCUCUCCUUCUUUACCUUUGGCACCCUGAAGAGUCAAGGCUUAAAGCACUUCCCGGAGCAGCUGGGCCGCCCCUCGUCGGACAACCCAGAUGUGCUCGUUCUGAAAGCCCACAUCAACCUGCUCUGUGGAGGGGUUGCUGGUGCCUUCGCUCAGACUGUCUCCUACCCCUUGGAUGUGGCAAGGAGGAGGAUGCAGUUAGGAACUGUGCUUCCUGAUUCAGAUAAAUGUGGAUCGCCUUUCAAGACUCUGAAAUACGUGUAUAACACAUAUGGUAUCAAGAGAGGACUAUACCGAGGCCUUUCUCUUAACUACAUCCGCUGCGUGCCGUCACAGGCCAUGGCCUUCACCACCUACGAGUUCAUGAAGCAAGUCCUCCAUCUGAACUAGUCUUCUCCUGAGCCUGACCAAUCAGAUCAUUGACCCGAUCAGCUUCGGUGUUUCCCUGAUGGAGUUACCGCUCAAUCAGCGAGUUCACUCAGAAUAUCUUAUUGUAGUUCAGCUCCCCAAACAAACCAGGAGAGUCAAUAAUAAAGAAAAAGGGGAACUAUAGUGUCGAACAGCGGGAGGCUGUAAUUCCCCUUCAUCUCCAUCAUUACUGACAACAUUUUUGUUUUAAAAGAUUCUUACGAUUUCCUGAUCAAGCAGCACCAAAGCAGCCCUGGAAUGUUUAGCAAACGCAAUCAUAUUUUAAUCAUUUAUCACAACUUCAAUAAUUGUAAGCACAUAUUUUUUUUCUUUCUAUUGAAUGAAAGAAUUUACUUUUGUUCUUUAAAUUCUUAUGAGUGUUUGUCAUUGUACAGCUGCUCAUUUAUAUCCUUACACUUUUUUUUUCUUUUUUUUAAGUUUACCAAGUUGAUGUAAGAGGUAGCUGCUGCUAAAUGGUGACAUUUACGUUUUCUUUGUACAUCCUUGACUGAGGGUGUCUUUAGUUUUGCAAUGCAGUACUUUGGAAAAAAAUUGUCUGUUUUUUUUUUUUUGCUUUCUCAGUACAAAUCAGCAUAAAUACUGUUUGUGCGUGCCACAUGAUAUUAUUAUAUUAUCUCAAAACAGCCUUCCAUUUAAUUUUCAGGUCUUAAAUGGAGCAAUUUUUGUUUCCGUUUUAUAUACCACUACACACGUGUUCAUGUUUCUUAACAUGCAUUUAAUGUCAAGAGUGAGUCUCUUGUAGCCGUGAUGAUGUCGCUUGAUGCACAACCAUAAUGUUUUACAGGGAACUCAGGUUUAAAUUGCACUGAAGCUUUUUAUUUAUUGCUUUAGCAACAUGUUGCCACUGGGUGGCAGUAUUGAAACAAGAUGUAAAUGGUUAUCCAGCCCUGCAUACUGCAAACCUCAUACAUAGACACUACAUGCUUGAUUUGGCCUGAUCAGACACAACCAAACAAAACUUAUUACUACUGUUUUGUAGCUACUUGCUAUUUAAUAAUCUUAACCUUAGAUUUCAGUCAACUGAGAUGGUUUUUACUAGCUAUUACUUUGUAAUAAUGACAUUUCUUUGACAAAAAAAAGAAGAAAUUUACAGCUUGAUUUAAGUUCAAAUGAAAAAAAAAGCAGACUAUUUAACUCUUAACAGCAGUACCUUAGCAGGUUAUUUUUUGUUCUUUAUUUUGUCUUUAAUAAUUUUAGGGAGCCCAAAUAGACUUUAUAUAAGAAAAAGGCUAUUGAAGAAACUAAGCUCUUAACUUCCUGAAAACUGGAAAUGUUCCAGUUUUCUUUCGAGUGAAAAUAAUUUGAUAAAACAUUUCUAACAAGGCUCCAUAUAAAUAACCUCUUCUGUGUUGGACUGUGUUCAUCCUAAAAGGUGAUCACUGAUCAUGUUUAUAAUUAACUGCAAAUGAACAAUAAAGCACAGUGCCUUGCUAAAGUAUUUAUUUCCCUUUGUUUUUUCCACAUUGUUACGUCACAACCACAAAACUUUAUGUAUUUUAGUGAGAUUUUAUGUUAUAGAACAACACAACGUAGUGUCGAAAUUUUAAAUGCCUGUAGAACGGUGUCAUGGUUUUAAAACAAAAAUGUGACAAGAGCACCAUGAAUGUGUAAUCAGCCCUUGAUUCUUUAGCCUGACCUCCCCUAAGUAAAAUCCAGCAAACGAAGGAAGAAAAAGGAAAGUGUUAAUCAGAGAAUCACCUGAGACUAUUAGUAGUUGGAAAAUUAUUAGUUGUGUGUUCCACAUAUUUGACUUUUACGGAAGAGUGGCAAAGAAAAGCCAAUCCUGAGAUAGAACAAGAAGAUAAGUUCACUGUGGCCAUAAGCCAUGCACAACAUAGCAAACAUGAGAGAGAUCAGGCCCAGGUUUUGGACUACAUGGGAGAUCCCCCUGAUCACAUCACAUGACCUCAAUUAGAAAUCAAAAGACAUUUUAGGUAAUUCAUUGUAAAAUAAAUAAAUGGAAAACUAUUUGUCAUUUUUUCGUCUCGCUUCAUAAUCAUGUGCUACUUUGUGUUGAUUUGUCACAUAAAACCUCAGUAGAAGGUUGUUGACGUUUGUUGUUGCGUAACAGAAAGUGAAAAAAGUUCUAGUAAGCACCCAUAAAUGAUUGAAAAGUAUAUUGUUUUAAAAUGAAUUGAACAAAGGGAGACUUUAUUAUUCAUACAUUCAACAUAAUGAAGUGCAAUAAGUAUUUUUAUUUCAAUAUAAAUACAUUUUCAUUGUAAGUGUUCCUUACUUCCCUGGCGUGUAAUCUCACACUUUGUUGAGAGUUUGAAGCUGCCAUCCAGGAAACAGAAUAAAGUCUGGAGCAGCUUAUCAUCCUCUGAUAGCUGCCAUGUCUCUUUUCACGGUGCUGCUGUUUCUGAAUGUGCAGGUAUUCAUGUAUGUUCUGUAGAGAUGCUUUUCAGUCUGUUUGAUGUCGCAUAAAGCAGAUAAAACAUUUUUGAGAAUUACGAGUGUCUGAAUCUCAGCAUUUAUUCAAAGUUUCAUUUGGGUUGCUGAAUAAACGAUGUGUAACACCAUCUCCUUUA